UUUUAUCCUUAGAAUCACAUGAUCUCUUAACAUUGACCUUCCGCUGACAUUGCUAUCACAUAGAAUGAUAAAAAGCCGUUGUUGUAAACUGUGUUUAUUUAAAUAAACAUAUCUUUUUGUGUAAAACUAUACCGUGAGCAAGGACGUAUCGCGUUCUAAUAAUCAUGAAUCUGUUACUAAUUUUGGUAUUAUUAUUGUUACUUAUUAUAUAUUACGUACAUAGUUUUAUUACAAAAAAUUUCAACUACUGGAAAAAUAUAAGAGUCAUCGGACCAAAACCGGUUCCAUUAUUCGGAAACAUAAUAACAUCAACACUACGAAGGAAGAACAUAGCUGAGGUAAUGCAAAAGAUUUAUCUUGAGUAUCCUGAAGAGAAGAUUGUUGGUGUAUUCAGAUUGACAACACCGACUCUGUUAAUACGUGACUUGGAGGUUAUAAAGCACGUUAUGAUUAAAGAUUUCGAUUCUUUUUCUGAUCGAGGCGUAUCCUUUAGUAAAGAUGGUCUUGGUGCUAACUUGUUUCACGCUGAUACUGACAUAUGGCGUGUUUUGAGAAAUCAAUUUACACCAAUAUUUACAUCUGGUAAAUUAAAAAACAUGAUCCAUUUACUAAAUGAUAGAGGAGACAAGUUUUUAAGAGAAGUAAAUAAUAUAUGUUUACAAAAAAAUGAACAUGAAAUCCAUUCUUUAAUUCAACGGUACACAAUGGCAACAAUCUCAGCUUGUGCCUUCGGUCUAGAUUUCGAUGCGAUGGCAGAUAAAAUGGAAAUGUUUAAUAAAAUAGAUAAAAUCAUUUUCUCAUUAUCUUACGCAAGAGAAAUUGAUAUGCUGUUUCCGGGUAUACUAAAAAAGUUCAACAGUACAAUAUUUUCUGUGGAGCUUAGAUAUUUCUUCGAAGAUUUGGUAAAAACUGUUAUAAAUGAAAGAGACGGCAAACCAUCAAAUAGGAAAGACUUCAUGGACUUAGUUUUGGAGUUGAGAGAGAAAGGUGAAAUAAAAGGGGCUAGAAGAUCUGACGAAGAUAUAGAAACUACAUUAGAACUUAGCGAUAGUAUUAUAGCGGCGCAAGCAUUCGUUUUCUAUGCAGCGGGCUAUGAAACUAGCGCAACAACAAUGUCUUUCAUGCUGUAUGAAUUAGCUAAAAAUCAAAACAUACAAGAGAAAUUAAUCAAGGAAAUAGAUGACGUUCUCGAUAGAAAUAAUGGAGAUAUAACAUAUGAAGCUAUAACUGAUAUGAUUUACAUGGAAAGAGUUUUUGAUGAAACAUUAAGGAAAUAUCCUUUAGUCGAUCCGAUACAACGUCGAGCUCAAGUUGAUUAUACUAUACCAAAUACGAAUGUCGUCAUCAAAAAGGGACAAAAAGUUUUUGUAUCGACAAUGGGUAUACAACACGAUCCUAAGUAUUACCCUAACCCAGAAAUAUUUGACCCUGAGAGAUUUUCUCCUGAAAAAGUAAAGGAUCGACAUCCUUGUGCUUAUAUGCCAUUUGGUAUAGGACCAAGGAAUUGCAUAGGAAUGCGGUUUGCAAAAGUACAGUCCCGAAUCUGCAUAACAAAGCUCUUAUCAAAGUUCCGAGUGGAGCCAUCUAAGAAUACACAAGAGGUUAUGCAAUUUGAUCCUAAAAGAGUUUUAAUAGGACCUAAAAAUGGAAUUUAUUUAAAUUUAAUUUCUAGGAAUGUAUGAAGUUAAAUUUUCAAAAUAUAGUGGCAAUAAUAAAGAUGAAAAAGUACUAUUAAUAGAAAAAAGACAUAUUAAUGUUACAAAAGAAAACAAAGCACUUUAUAUAAA